AUGCCCUUUACACUGCUCCUCCUGGAUACUGAGACUAACAAUUUUACAAGCUUCUACAAACUGCUUAAGGAAUGGUUGCAUGAGCAGUGUGAAAGAAGUGGUACUAGUUUUUUCAAGCGAUCAAGUUAUGCCAAGGGCUCGUCGUACUCUUUAAGAUGCAAUCGGGCUGGCACAUAUGAGAAAGCAACCACUUCAAACGCAACAUCUAGUAAAAAGGAUGUCAUCAGCUGUUCAUGUUUUAUGAACGUUCACAUUGCCGAUGAUGGUAAAGUCAACAUAAAAGGAUGUUUGGGGCAUGUCGGCCACGAUAUAGAGCCUGCGCUGCUCCGUCUUAACAAUACACAAGAACUUUUGAGAACUCUUCUGGAAGAACAUUCAAUGGACUAUAUUUUGCGACUUCUCAAAAGGGACUACUCAGCGAAAACCUCUAGGUUGUGGUUUGUCGAUAGAAAUGCCAACUCAAGAGCCGAGUUUCUGGUAGAGCUGCUGAUCAGAGCUGUGGAGGACUUGGCUGAUUCAGCCGAAAUUAGGGAUCGCCGUCGACUCGCAGCAUCCUCUUUCCGUGUUCAGCAGUCCACUAAAUGUCAUAGAUGGGCAUUGAAACACUACGAGAACAGGCCUGAGAAGGUGAAGCGAGUGGCAGAAAAGAAAUGGGAACUUCAGGGAAAAGAUGUGGCGGACAAAUACCAAGUGUGUCGUUCCCGCAAGCGGCACAGCUUGUUUGCUUGUGGGCAAGUGCGGUCAUCUGCCUCAUGGUCGGAACAGUUUCUGUUCAAAGACCUGCUAGAAGCACUCAUUUACAUGUGGGACGCGCUGGACGGCCGCUCACUUACUGCUGAGGCUCUCGCACGAGCAGCCAUUGUCGUCGCUGUUGAGGUGCUACUUCUUGGCACUUCAUUCCUGAACAUCUGUGUUAUAUUCACUACUGCCGACCUUUACGAUGUCAUCGGAUGUUACUUGAUAUCGCUUUCUGUCGCCGAUCUCCUAGCGGCCCUGUUUAUUGUACCACUGAGUCUGUAUAGCACUUUGGACCCCAACUGGCGAUUCAUGGGUGACAACUCUCUCGUGUGUAAGGGUACCGCUUACCUUCAAAUAGCUUUGUUUUGUUCUACAGUCUACACGUUUGCUUGGAUUUGCAUUGACAGGUAUUCGGCCAUGAUGAAGCCGUCACGAUAUGCAGAUCAGUCUCUCACUCGUUUCCUCCUCAAACUUCUUGUUGACCGAACGAGUUACAUCCUUGAUGGAGUCGAGCAUUGGGAUACCCAAGCGAUGCAUGUAACGGUGAUCGAUAUGGCUACGAGUUAA